GUUCUCUCUCUUUCUCUGUAUUACAAUGGAUUAUGGAAACGGAGAAUUAGCUCCCAACCCCACCUCUUUAUGUGCUAGGCUUACACCACAACAAAAAGACAGAGUACAGAAAAUUAUCGUCCUAUGUUGCAUCGCUAUCUUCGUCGCGGUAUUCAUCACUUAUGUCUGCUUUUAUGAAGCACAAAUCCGACGUGAAAAACGGCGUGAAGAACAACGUAUAAGAAAUUAUGCACCGGAUAUUAUAAUACCAUCUAUGGAUUUCACGGUGCUUAAUUUAACAGAGACUAGUCUUAGUGUUAAAUGGGAUUUAGUGAUCAGACUUCCUUCAGACCUUCCUGGUUACUAUAUGUGUCUCAAAGGAGAUCUUCAGACUUUCAUACUCUACAAAGGUGUUACCAUUGCUAAUUCGUCUUUAGACAGUUACAGUUUGAUACCAAAUUGGCCUCAGCUGCUUAAUACCUCCUCAUUGGUUGCUUCCGAGAGAGAUAUGGACAAUGUGGUUGUGCAUGACAUUAUGGAGGAUAUUAAGGAAAGAAGAGACAUGCGGUUCGGAUCACGAUUUCUUCUUCCGGAUUGUAGAUCUGGGAGGAAGAUGAACUAUACGUGUGAUGAAACCGCGUUACGGUUUGAGCCUGGCUCUCAAAGGAAGGCAACUGAGUUUGAAAAAGCCUCUCCUAUAUGCCACUAUAAUCACCCUUAAGUAAAUUUUCAUCAAUAUUGAUUCCUUCUUUUUUUAGUUUGCAAAUGUUGGAUCUUCUUCUUUUGCAUUUUGAUAUAUCAGACUGACAGCUUAAUUAAUAAUUCAUCUGCAACU